AUGCCACCUGCUCAGCGUCCCGUUCCUAAUUAUGCUGCACUAAGGAAGAUGGGUGUGGUUGACUUCGAAGGAUCCUCCAAUCCUGAAGUGGUGGACGCAUGGCUGGUGAAGCUCACUCGCACCCUUGAUGAGCUGCGUAUCGAUAACCAUGAGGAUCGGAUUGCCAUGGCAGUGCACGUACUGCAGGGUACCGCAAGGGACUGGUGGCACACCCAACCGGAAAGUGAAGAGGUGCCUCUAACCAUUACCUGGGACCAGUUUCUGAAACUGUUUCGUGAUGAGUACAUUCCAGACACUGUUCGAGAGGGGAAGAUGGAAGAAUUUAUGUCCCUACGACAGCAGUGGGGACAAUCUGUUGCGGAGUAUACAGAGUGCUUCAAGAAACUGCUAAGAUAUGCUGAUCCCGCAUACAGGACGGCGGAGGGACAACGUGACCGAUAUGUUAUGGGGUUGAGAGCAGAUCUGAAGAGGAGCAUGGGAGAAGCUGAGAGGGCGACAAAAGCAUCCGCGUACCGGGCUGCCCUCCGUAUAGAAAAGGACGAGAAGACUGCCCAACAGGAGAGGACUGCCAGGUUUGAGACUAAGAAGAGGAAGGCGCCCACUAACACAGGGGGCCAAACCCACUCAACCUACCAUUUGAAGAGGGGAUCUGGUUCCUUCACUCAACACCAGUCACAGAGCGAGGUGGGUUCCACCAGGACCGCACCAAUGCAUCAGUUGUACCCGAUCUGCCAGAAGUGUGACAAGCGUCAUCUAGGCGAGUGCAAGCGCCAUAUGGGCAUAUGUUUCCAGUGUGGUGAGCCGGGGCACAUAAAACCACAUUGCCCGCAACUCAUGAGCCGUACUAGAACGGUGGCUGAUCACUCAGUCUCUGGAGGCAGACCACAGUCAGGUUGGAGGCCCGGUGGCAGAACUGGUAACUCUAGCAACCAUAACAGCUACAACAACAAUCGUGACCAGAGUCAGAUGUCCAGGGCUGGUGGACAACCCAGAAUCUUCGCCAUGAGGAGAGAAGAGGCCGAUGCAGCCCCAGAGGUCGUGACUGGAGCUGCAGGGAAUCAAGAGUAUCCAGAUCAAACGCAAGGACAUAGCUGCUGCCCAAAAUGUCAUCACAAGGGUUAG